AUGGCACUACUCAUAUCCUCCAUCCUCGCUCUCAUCGCCCUAACCCCAACCGCCCUCAGCCACUCGCACCUCGCGCACAUACUGAUCAACGGCCAGCUCUACCACGGCUUCGACCCGCGGCCAAACCAAGCCAACCACCCCUCGCGUGUGAGCUGGUCCUCGGCCGCCGCCGACGACGGGUUCGUCUCGCCCGCCAACUACUCCCACCCGGACAUCAUCUGCCACACCGCCGCCGCCAGCCCGCCCGCCCACGCGCCCGUCCGACCAGGCGACCGCAUCCACGUGCAGUGGAACGGCUGGCCGCUCGGCCACGUCGGGCCCGUGCUGACCUACCUCGCGCCCUGUUCGCGCCUGAAGGGGUCCGAGACGGGGUGCACGGGCGUCGACAAGACGGAGCUGCGGUGGACCAAGCUGGAUGAUUCGCGGCCCGUGAUGGAGCCGGCGCCCGGCCGGGGGCGGGAUGGCGGCGUGCAGGGGCAGAGGUGGGCGACGGACGUGAUGAUUGCGGCGAAUAAUAGCUGGUUGGUGGCCGUUCCGACCGGGUUGGAGACCGGGGCGUAUGUGCUGCGGCAAGAGACGAUUGCGCUGCAUUAUGCGGGGGAGAAGGGAGGUGCGCAGAACUAUCCGCUUUGUGUCAACCUGUGGGUUGAGGGAGGGGAGGGGGGAGGUGGAGGUGGGUUGAAGUUGGAUUCGUUCGAUGCGAGGGAGUUUUAUCGGGAGGAUGACCCUGGCGUGCUGGUCAAUGUCACGACGCUACGAUCUUACUCCGUGCCCGGACCGACAGUGGCGGUUGGCGCCACGCCGGUGCCGUAUUCUGAACAGACCGCAGGUAUCUCGAGAGCGGACGGGACGCCGGUGGUGGUCACCAAGGGAACCGGGACAGUUGCGUUCAAUGGCAGUCCUACGCCGACGAAAGCGGUUAUGGCAAGGCUAAGAAAGGGAGGUGUUAGGUAG